AUGAGUUCAUCAGAAGCGUCGCUCGAGCUUCCGGAUAUUAUAGCGGUCAAGAGGCUCGAAGUGCGCAUGAUUGUAGGUGUCGACAACUGGGAACGGGUCCAAGCUCAGCCUGUCACUAUCGAUGCUCGCGUCCACACCGACGUCUCCAAGGCGGGCGGAUCGGAUCAUUUGCCGUACAGCAUUCACUACGGCGUGCUCGUAAAGCAGCUCGAAGCGCAUUGCGCAAAUCAUCGCUAUCGUAGUCUCGAAGCGCUCGCUGAGGGUCUGGCCAAAGUAUGCAUCUUUGUGCUUCACGCGCCCAAAGUCACCCUCAACGUCGAAAAGCCUCGCUCCCUCCUCCACGCUGCCUCGGCCGGCGUUCAGAUUGUCCGCACCGCUGCUGACUACAUGCUCGGCGACCUACACCCUAUCCCGUCCAACCUAGACCCUGUACAGUGCAUAGAUGAGCUCAGGCUUGCUCCUUCCUCGAAACUGGCGUUGCACGAUAAAGUCAUUGUGCGCGACCUCGUCAUCAACACCAUCAUUGGCGUCAAUCCUUGGGAGCGUGAAGACAAACAAAAUGUCAAACUCAACCUCGUCGUCUAUUCCGGUCUCUCUCGUGCCAAGGAAGCGCACAACUCGACGGCUGGUCUCAUCGACGUCGUCAACAAGCAGCACAACUACCGCACAAUCGUACGCAGCAUCUCUGACUACGUCGCUGCCAGCUCGUACAAGACCGUCGAGAGUCUCGCCACCUCAAUAGCCAGGGUCGCCGUCCUCCAGAACAAGGUCGAAAAGGUCCGUGUCAGCGUCGACAAACCGAGCGCCAUCAUGUUUGCCAGCAGCGCUGGGGUCGAAGUAGAACGCACACGCGAGUUCUUUGAGCAAGAAGCAUUGCUCGAAGAACAACAGCUUCACGCUGCAACUCCAUCUGCCGCCGCCACCGCCGUUGCUCCUGCUGCUGCUGCUAUCAUCCGAUCCGGCCUUCCUCAUACGACGUCCAGUGUAUCACCAGCGCAACGCUCACCUUCUGCAAUGAACAAGUCUGUGUCAAACCUGGACAAAGGUUGGCAUGUCGUCGCGAUUGCCCUUGGCUCCAACGUCGGCGAUCGCGCUGCCAACAUCGAAGCUGCAGUGCAGGCCCUCAGCGAAGCCCAAGACUGCAUCCUCGUCGAUACCAGCUUCCUCUACGAGACUGCACCCAUGUACGUCGUCGAUCAGCCCGAGUUCCUCAACGCUGCCUGCCGCAUUGCAACAAAGCUGAGUCCGCACGACUUGCUGUCCCUCACACAGUCGAUCGAAGUACGGCUCGGGCGUGACAAGACAGGCGUACCAGAAAAAGGUCCUCGAUCGGUCGAUCUCGACAUUUUGCUUUAUGACAAGCUCGAGAUCGACGAUUCACCUCGGCUCGUUGUGCCUCAUCCAGGCAUCAAGGAGCGAGAAUUUGUCCUCGAGCCUCUCAAAGACAUCUUGCCAGACUUUGAGCACCCUACCUACUCUCGCACCAUAUCGCAGCUUCUCAUCAUGCUUCAGAAGUCGCCUGACUACGAACCGAGUGGCAUUCGAAAGGUUUUGCCAAUUCCUUCGCCCAGCACGCGCCCAAGCAAUCAAGUCAGUGACACCAAGAUGUGGGCUUGGGGUUCAAAGACCUUCAUAAUGGGCAUCAUCAACGCUACCCCCGACUCGUUCUCGGAUGGGGGCGACAACUUUGGAGCCGUCGAUGCUGUGCGUUCGGCCAAGACGAUGGCCGAGCAGGGCGCUGAUGUCAUUGACGUUGGCGGAAUGAGCACAGCCCCUCACGCAGUAGAGGUUGAUGCGGACCAAGAGGCGACACGCGUCGUUUCCGUCAUCAAGGCUAUCCGCCAAGCAGGAAUCACUAUACCCAUCUCGGUCGACACCUUCCGCGCCUCGGUUGCAGAAGCUGCACUCUCCGUCGGAGCAGAUAUAAUCAACGAUGUGUCGGGAGGUGAGCGCGAUCCAGCGAUUCUCAAAGUGGCAAAGAGGUGGAAAUGCCCCUACAUCCUUAUGCACAUGCGUGGCGACAGCAAAACCAUGAACGGCCUCGUCACGUACGAGCACGGCGAUGUCGUAGCCGGCGUUCGCGCCGAGCUUGAGGCACGUCUCGAUCGUGCGCUCAGGGCGGGCGUUCGAAGGUGGAACAUCGUCCUCGAUCCCGGCAUCGGAUUUGCCAAGGACAGUGCCGGCAAUCUCGCGCUGCUCCGCGAUCUGUCGAGACUCACGCUCGCCGAGUCAGUCACCAAAUCGACCAAGGGAAGAGGCGUUUCCUACUCGGGUGCAGCCACUCCGGCAUUGGACCGCUCCGUAUUCGAAGCCAUGUCUCCUGUCGCGCAAGGCACGUCAGCACAGAACGGUGCCGACUCGAUCACCAGACCUUGCUGCUCGCUAGUGUCAUUCCCGACUUUGAUAGGCGUAUCGCGUAAGAAGUUCCUUGGCCACCUCACGGGAAAGCAAGAUCCAAAGGAACGAGUGUUUGCUACCGCUGCGGCUUGCACUGCUGCCAUCGCUGCUGGUGCCGACAUCCUCAGAGUCCACGAUGUCGAGCAGAUUCGCGAUGUUGCCGUCACGUCCGAUGCCAUCUACCGUCAUUGA